CGUCUCCCCUUAUUGCAGCAAUCAGAUUGGAGCAAGUCAGAGCCAGGGCUUUCCCAGGCAGCAUGGUCUGCAUGUUAGAAAUGCUGCAUCCUGAUUCCAGGGGCACUGGAUUUGGGAAGCAGCAAAGGAAGUGCUGGUGGGCCCCAGAGACCACCCAGUCUUCACCUCCUGGGGUUGCAGCGUGGGUUCACAGAUGAAAGGAGAAUAACAUGGUCCCAGUACCAGGUGGGUAGAACCUGAGAGGCCUUGCUCAACUUUCUAGUGUUUGUAGCUCCUCUACAACAUUUUUGCCAAAUAGUCUAACUGAACACUUUCAGUGACAGAAAACUCAUUUCUUCUAUGGCAUCUCAUAAAGCUGGAUAACAUUUCCAAUUAUAGCCCUCCCCAAGAGUCUCAUUCCAACCUUUGUGCACUAACUAGUUCAGCCAUCAACAUAGCUGCCCUCCACUCCGCAGUCCCCAAGAACCUCUGUGUUAGAGAUGGACCUUUCUACAGUGUGGGGGGUUUAUAGUUUUGGGGGCCUGUUUCUGUAACUUAGGGAAUCUCUUUCCCCUGUAGAUCUUUUUUAGCUCCAAAUAUCCUUAUGCAGUCAUCUUUAACCGUGACUAUCUACUAGAAUUAGGGACUUUGAAAAAUCCUGAGGCUCAAACCUCCUUGAAUCAUACCCUCUGGGGGUGGAACCAAAGCACUAUUAUUUUUCAACCUCCCUAGGUGAUCCUUUUUUUUAGCCAAGCUCAAGAACCACUGUCCUACUCCCUGAACCUGGUUAAUUUCUUGAGGGUUAUGGCAUAGAAUUGGAAAUCAUUGAAUUCUGACUCUACCAUUUAAGCGAUUCUCUGUUCUUUUAUCUGCUUUGUGGGGUAAUAGUACUUACCUCAAAGAGUUGUUGAAAGAACUACAUGAAAACAUAUGUAGGUCUGGAAGAGUCUCUGGAAUGUAGUAGGUUUAACCCAUGUGCCCAGGACAGGGCUUGGCAAGGGUUAAUGUUUGUGUUCUUGCCAUGAGAUAGGCAGCAAUCUAAUUUACAUGUGCAAUUUGAUAUAUUCUGUGGCAUUGAAGAGCUAAUGUAAGAAAAAUGACACGAAUAGAAUGUGUCUUCAGGAUCUCUUUAGCUGGUAGAAUCUAUGUUCCAAACUACCCACUGAAUUCACACCCUGGUGAACUCUCCAGACCUCUUGUCAUCUCAUGUGUCUUCUUGCCUCCUCUCAAAAUCUUUUCCAAAGCUCUAUAAAAGUUCCGUACAUGUCAAAGCAGGGGACUAAAUUAAGCCUCAAUGGUCGGUCCAAUAUCUUGUUGCCUCUUGUCAAACCUAGUGCCUUUUAAUGAGUUACGCUGAUAAAAGAUGCCCACUUAAGUUCUUUGUGGAAUGACUAAACCGAUUAAUCUGGUAAAAGACUAUGCUAAUAUGUUUGUAGGAAGGAGAUAAAGACUGAGCUUAUAUGAAUGGUGGGGAUGUGAGAAAAUUAUUUUACAGUCAGAGGUGGGGAACCUGCGAUCUUCUGAUGUCAAGAGGGUUCUUUUUUAAGCAUCAAAGGAUGGAAGAAAAGCUUCAUACUUCUUUGCCGAACCCCUUUUAAUAAAAGGAUUUGUUCUAUAAAAUUUGGGUUAAGUCAAAAGGCUGAAGUCAAGGAUCCAGAUGACCACGUGUGGCCCCUAGGCUAAAGGUUCCAUCACUGUUCACGCCUCGUGAUCAUAGGCGGUGGAUACUCAGCUAACACCUGACUGAAUGACAAAUCGUCCCAAACUUAGCCUCUUAAAGUAACAAUUAUUUUGCUUUUGAAUUUGUCAUUAGGUGGUUGCACAGUAGGGACAGCACCUCUCUGUUCCAAGGUGGCUCAAUGGAGUAUCCACGGUUGAGAUGGUUCAAUCUUGUCCUCCCAGCCUUAAGGAACCACACAGGUAGCGUAGGUUCCUCACUCCCAGCCCCAGGCUGGCUCUGGGUUGGACAGGGUAGAAUGGAAAACUCUUGCCAUGAAAAUACAGUUCUCCAUCUCAGCCUCUCCACUCCCUAUUCUAAGGGGAGCCGUGUCUGUGCUUGGGGAGAAGCCAAGCCAAGCAAAAGAUUUCAACAGCAAACGGAGGAAACACACCCACUGAGGUUCUCAUAGCAACAUAAUCACGCACAGGCAGCAGCCUAUUUCGGUGGGAGCUUGUUUCAGUUCCCCUCCUCCCCAGUUAGUCACGGAGUGGAUGCAGAAGCUGUGUGGGGUGGGGGCAGAGGGUUGGACCGAAAGUCGGAGGCUGGGAAGCAAGCUGAGGACCACGGACAAAUGUCCUCUUGUCUCUGAUUUUGGGGUCCUUAUCUGUAAAAGAAGAGGAUUGGACCAAAGACCUGGGAGGAUUCUUUCUUCUCUGAUUUUCCUUGUACACACACUGAGCCUCUUUAUGGUGAGCAGUCCCCCCUCCCACCCCCCUCAGCCUGUCGCCCCACCCAAGCCUGUGCAAUGCGUCCACCAUGUGUCCACUCAACCCAGCUGCCCAGGGCGAGGCAAGAUGUCCAAGCUGCUGAACCCAGAGGAGAUGACCUCGAGAGAUUAUUACUUCGACUCCUAUGCCCACUUUGGAAUCCAUGAGGAAAUGCUGAAGGAUGAGGUGCGAACGCUCACUUAUCGGAACUCCAUGUACCACAACAAGCACGUGUUCAAGGACAAAGUGGUGCUGGACGUUGGGAGUGGUACUGGAAUCCUUUCCAUGUUUGCUGCUAAAGCAGGGGCCAAGAAGGUGUUUGGGAUCGAAUGCUCCAGCAUCUCUGACUACUCAGAGAAGAUCAUUAAGGCCAACCACUUGGACAACAUCAUCACCAUCUUUAAGGGUAAAGUGGAGGAGGUGGAGCUGCCCGUGGAGAAGGUGGACAUCAUCAUCAGCGAGUGGAUGGGCUACUGUCUGUUCUAUGAAUCCAUGCUCAACACGGUGAUCUUUGCCAGGGACAAGUGGCUGAAACCUGGAGGGCUUAUGUUUCCAGACCGGGCGGCUUUGUACGUGGUAGCAAUUGAAGACAGACAGUACAAGGACUUCAAAAUCCACUGGUGGGAGAAUGUCUAUGGCUUUGACAUGACCUGUAUCCGGGAUGUUGCCAUGAAGGAGCCCUUGGUGGAUAUCGUGGAUCCAAAGCAAGUGGUGACCAAUGCCUGUUUAAUAAAGGAGGUGGACAUUUACACAGUGAAGACGGAAGAGCUGUCGUUCACAUCUGCGUUCUGCCUGCAGAUACAGCGCAAUGACUACGUGCACGCCCUGGUCACCUACUUCAAUAUUGAAUUUACCAAGUGCCACAAGAAGAUGGGGUUUUCUACAGCCCCUGACGCCCCCUACACCCACUGGAAGCAGACUGUCUUCUACUUGGAAGACUACCUCACUGUCCGGAGAGGGGAAGAAAUCUACGGGACCAUAUCCAUGAAGCCAAAUGCCAAAAAUGUGCGGGACCUCGAUUUCACAGUAGACUUGGAUUUUAAGGGACAGCUGUGUGAAACAUCUGUAUCUAAUGACUACAAAAUGCGUUAGCACACGUGGGAAGCUGCAGAGAGCGAGCGAGAAAAGGAACUCUCACCUCGAUCUGCCGCGCCGUCCCAAAGAAUACUGUUUGUAGGACUACACACUUGAAAACCAGAGUUUCUGACUCUGCCUUGAAGAUUGGUGGACUCGCCAGGGCCCCCAUGGGCCCCGCCACUGGACAGGGGGCCUCCAGUUACUCCGCUGCCCCUGGGAGCCCUUCACGAAGGCUUUGUUGUCGCCAACAAAGAGCAACCUCGUGUGCUGUGGCUGGGACCCUGAGGAUGGAAAAGCACCCAUGUCUCCCCGUCGUCCUCCCUAACUGUGACUCUCUGGAUCUUCCAAGUUUUGCAUGCUGCAGGCGUCUAGGACAGAUCGCUUCCACUAGAACCUGGAGACAUAGUGUCUUUGAUAGCAUAAGCCAGAUUGCCUGUCUGUGCAGUGGUGUGUGCGUGUGUGUGCGUGUGGGCAGCAUAGAUACUAGUUUAUUCACUCACAAACACCUGUAUAUGCAUGCAUAUACAACCGAGUGGGUGCACCUGCGUGUUCACUCAGAGGGGUGUGUGCGUGUGUGCGCGUGUGUGUGUGUGCGUAGAAUACAUAUUACUCUCAGAGGAGAUUCUGUUGCUUUUGAAUAGGAAUUUGUUUUGUGAUUAGUUCGCCCCUUCCCCCUCCCUUACCAGAUGUUAAGCAGCUAUGAAGCAUCCUCUGUACUAGCUCUGGUCUUCUUUUGACUAGACCGUGGCUCUGAAACCUGAGCACAGCACCACGGACUCCGUGGGCACUCAAUAAACACACAUGAGAACAA